AUGGCCUCUCAGCCAGGACUCACGAAUAAGGAAGCCACGAUGGGCUCUCGUGAACCCACGUCGACACGCCCCAAACUCGCUGAAACCCCAUCUACUUCUCACUCCCCUCAACGCACCGAUAGCCCAUCAACCGGACUUCAAGCCACCGAAGUGUCGGCUGACAAGCUUCUCACUACCUCCCGAGCAGGCAUGCCAUUCUAUGAAAGAGCGCCCACCCCUCAAUAUACAGACCGUCGCCGCGACGCUGCUUCUGACUCCAGCUCUGACUCGGCGCAUUUUAUCAAGCCCAUCACCACAGACUCAACAAUUCCGUCAGAGCUCCAUUCACGCCGCGUUGAUCUCGACGACUUUUCUGUUCCACUAGACGCGAGAGUCCUCAAUGCUCCAUCGUUCCGACAGCUCAAAGCCGCACUGAACCAGUUAAAAGAUCAACUUUCCAGCCCUAACCCCCCGUCAUCCCAAUUCCUAUAUCUGCAAGACCCGGGAAAAAAACUAUUCUCCAAGAUUAAGGAUGAUGAAGAGCUCUUUCCCGGUGUGCGACUGAAAAUCUCGUAUUUUCGCCGCGAAGUACUAUUUAAAGUUAUGCCAGGCCACCAACACGAUUCAAUUAUUGGCGUUUUCUCUCAAACCAUAGCUAUCCAGCUGUUCUUAAUGGGCCUUUCCAAUGACAAUGGGGCGUUCGUAUCCCGCCCUUCUCCAAGGACUCAAGGAGUGUCUGUGGCUAAGAAACCCGACUGGUGGCUCUCUCCAGCCGAUAUCUUUGAUGGGAUGGGCGGGGGGGGAGGGAUUCCCUACCCUGGCCCUUGA